AGUAAUCUGUGGAAAUUACGGAGUUAAUUGACUUUCACUUUUUACAAGAUGUAUUUCCACGAGCAUUCAUUUUUGGGUAAAACCAAGUACGUUCAUCGCAAAACAACAUCCGACAGAAUAAAUUAAUAAGAAUGAUGCAUAUUUAAUUAUUUUUGUAGAUUGUUUUGUUUAUGUAGAUUUUUGCGAGGGCGAGUUCGUUUUACCGUGAAUCGAUGUUAUCCUAGUUAGACUUGCUCGUAAUUUAGAUUAAUCAAAGUAAUAUGUGUAAAUGGGGAGGGAACGGUUUUCUGGGAGCGGCUGCAGCCCCAGUCUGGGGUCGGCGGCGGCGGAACAAACAGAAUGGCGACAUUCCAUCCGAAUCCCAACGAGGCGGCCGAGCCCUGGAUUGAAAAAUCCGCACUCGACGGUUCCGGUUUCCGCAAUUGGCAUUUGAUUCUCAUCUCCUUCUCCGGAUUUCUGACUCUAGGUAAUCUAACUAUUAGUAAUUUUGGCAAAUUUACAAUUCACCGUGCUUCUUUCCAUUCCAUAGUCAUUUUGGUGUGCUGUUGCGUGAAAAUUCGAAUACCACGGACAAAACAGGAAAUCGAGGCCAACUAUCGCCGGAAAAAACUGGUGGAGAAGUUCAGGGCUCGCAUUCGGCUGAUUCGCAAUCAGGAAAUGGACGAGAUGGACUUGAAACGAGCGUUGGAGAUCAUCCAGGAGGAUUACAAGACCGAAUCCAAACGUAUUGACGAUUUGUGUGAUCUUACCAAGAACCCGAAACGGCCGCAAUCUAAGAUCCGCACUCUCCAAAGACUCAUCACAUUCACAAAACACCGAAAUAACAAUCAACUCGACAAUCAAUGUUAGACUUAGUUCACUCUUUUAAAUUUCGUACAUUCUAAUGCUAGAAUUGGCGCGCUAGGUACGAGGCCGAUCGCACACGAAUCCAUCAAUCACAAAGCAAAGUUUUAUUUCAAGUAGUAUGACGUCAUAUACUCAACUCUAAUUCAAAAUAACAAAAAUAAAGAAAAAUAUAUUAAAUUUAACAAUAAG